AGUCGUCAUCGGGUCAUUCGCGACCGAGAACUCGUCGUCGGCGCACCCAGACACAGCGUUUGGAUCGCGCUUCGUUGCUGCGGUUCAGUUCGGGGCGCAGUUCGGGACCGCCGCGGUUUACGGAAGAACAAUUAAUCGCUAUUUAUCGUACCGUACGGGAAUUUAAGAGUGAUUUUGCGACAGGGGGUGGCUGGGGCCUUGGGGCGAAAGGGGUAGUUCCUCGUUGCCUUGACUUUGAGUUUUAUUCGUACUUGAUAAAAGUAGAGUGAGAGGGAGAGAGAGAGGAAGCGAUUAGAGGGGCAAAAAAGGAACAAGGAGGGGAAACGAGUAAUAGUAAUAAUAGUAAUAAAUAAAUGAAUAAAUAAAUAAAUAAAUAAAUAAUAGUGACGGAAGAUCAAGGACAUAAAAUUUGUUUGCGAUGGUUCCUGGAGAAAAUUCGCCCGCAGAGGAUAACGCGAGCGCUGCACGAUAGAGUGCUUUGACUCGCGAGCUUGCGGGUUUCAGAUAAAAUAUGAGCCCGAUUUAUCGGUGCAGGGGCUUCUUUUGGCGACCGAAAAUAUUAUCGAUAUCUCCUACGUUUCUCUCUUCAACGUUAUCGUCAUCUUCAUCCGUUGCAACAGUUGCGAACCUGCAGCGAUCAUCGGUUGCCGAACGUACCCUCAAGAAAAGGGGAACGACCUGCAAUAAAAAUUAUCAAAAAGACAAUUCGUACGAACGGAUAACAACCGGCUCUUCGACAUCGUCGUCCUCGUCGUCCUCCUCCUUCAAUGACCUAAACUGUGACAACAGUUUAAUUGCGGUUUGCAACAACCUGUUAAGGGAGGUAAAAGGAUCGGUGGCUAUGUGCGCCGCAGGUGCAAUUCUCUUAUUCCUAUUGUGACGCGGCGAUACGUUUGUUGGAGAUGCUUCCUGCAGGUACCAGGCCGCCUUCCAUUCGGCCCGUCCUGGGCUAAGCUGAUAGUGCGCGUGUGCCGGGUAGGGAAGACACCGAAAGCACGAUUUUUCCGCAAGACCCUGACUUUGAAAGGGCGCGCAAGAUAUAAGGAAGACACAGAAGACGAAGAAGAAGAUCGAGGAGACGGAAAGGAAAAAAAGGAAGCAAGGACCGAACGUGAAGAGGUAGCGGAUACCUACCCCCUGACUAGGUGGUAAUGGUCAGCUGUGUGCAGACGGCGGUGUUAAAGAUACGCCGCUGUGAAAUUGGAAAUGCGCCCUAGACACAACGCGACGUUAAUCGACAGGGAUACCCUACGGCAUCGAAAUGUUCGCGUACGGUUUCGAGAUCACAUAGGCAUGUAAUAAAUAUAUCAAAUGUGCGGCGUGUGCCUUGUGUAAUUUCACGGUGAAAAUCUGGCGUAAACGGUGCCGCGGUGGGUCAGGGAUCAUGGCGUCGGUCUCGGCCGAGACACCAGCCAGCCAUGGGCACAGCUUCAGUAAGAAAACGUUUCACAAACCCACCUACUGUCAUCACUGCACGGACAUGCUCUGGGGCCUCUUACAGCAGGGGUACAUCUGCGAAGUUUGCAACUUCGUAGUGCACGACCGCUGUCUCAAGACCGUCGUCUCUCCCUGCUCCAGCAUCGCGGCAAGCCUGAUCAAGAACCCGGUUGCACAUUGUUGGUCGGAACAAGCGCACCAUAAAAAAAAAUUCUGCAAUGUAUGUAGGAAACGCCUGCAGGAGGAUAGCCCAUCUAUUCACUGUGAGAUAUGCGAGUACUUCGUGCACACGGAUUGCCAGGAUUUUGCGGUAGCUGAUUGUAAAGAGAAUGCUACUUACCUGCCAGGGAAGGACCUCGCUUCCGUGCGACACACCCAUCAUUGGCGGGAAGGCAAUCUUCCGAAUAAUUCAAAAUGCGUAGUGUGCAAGAAGACUUGCUGGUCGGCAGAAUGUCUUUCGGGGUACCGCUGCGAGUGGUGCGGCAUGACGUCACAUGCUCACUGCCACAAAAACAUACCGCAGGAGUGCACAUUUGGGAAUCUGGAACCCAUUUAUCUGCCGCCACAUGCGAUCAGUAUACCCCGCACCGAGGUCCCUAUGGAGGCCAUCAUCGGUGUCCAGGUGCGUCGCAAGGAAGUUCUCGCGCGUGAGUAUUCUUGCCAUUACACUGGAGAGCAAUUCGAUUUCGCUGAGAGUGAACAAAUUGGGGGUGCAGGCCACCUUGCCGCAGCUUUGAGGCGCCUUUCACUAGUUUUGCCACGUAGCUGCCAUGGAAAUUGUCAUGCUUCCCCUCCUUAUGUUCGAGCACGUAGCAUUUCAGAGGAAUUCAGUAGCGGAGAUACUCGGAAUAGGGACAACGAUGAACCGGCACAGCAAAGCGGAGCUCAUAGCCGGGACUCCAGACCUCAAAAAGAAAAAGAGGAUGGAGACGAAGAGAUGAUCAAAGUGUACGAUGGCAAUAUAUCCGUGAGGCGUCGGAUAUUUCGAGUUAUCAGCGUCCCUCGACAAGCCAAUGUUGACCAAGUCCUCACCAUAGCCUUAAGAGCAUUCCACAUAACAAAAGAUCUAAAAAACUUUUACUUAACCGACUUGUAUGCCACCGAUGAAACAAGCUUGUGUGAUCCAACGCCGGUGACAAGCUUGCAACGAAAGGAAGGCAAGCGUCCGGCUGUCUUCCUACGUUUCAAAGAUAACGAGUGUGGCGAAGUACGAGUCUACCCGGGUAAACUUCAGGUAUCUGAGGCAUUUUGCAUUGUACCAGUUACCGAAGACAGUACCGUGGCUGACCUGAUUCAGGAAGCUCUACUUCGAUUUGGUCUUGAAAAUUUCAAAUGCGAUGAAUAUCGCUGUAGUGAAAUUCUACUGGAUCGUGGUGUUACGGAACGGGUAUUAUCGCGGAAUGAAAAGCCUUGGGAUAUCGUGAAACUGUUGGGGAAGGACUCGAUACGGCAAAUGGAAUUGAUGCGAUUUUACCUUCAACUCAAACAAGACCCCCAUGGGCCGAAUCUUGCCUUGUUUGUUGGAAAUCUUCCACCUAAUCUUUCCGAACGUAAUUACGAAAAUAUGUUGACGGAUUUCUUAGGCAAAGAAAACAAGUUUUCGUCCAUCGGACCGAUUUACUACGAGUACGGAUCAAUGGUGAUCAUAUAUGAAGAUUCUAAUAAAGCUGUAAAGGCAUUGUACACUCUACGUGAAUCGAAAUAUGAGGAUAAACAUCUUUUAGUGAUGCUGCUACCUAGUAUAGAACCGAUCAUGGUACCACCUGGAGUUCAGCCUCUGCUUGUGUUUGUAAAUGUUAAAUCCGGUGGAUGUCAGGGCCUCGAAUUAAUUUCAAGCUUUCGGAAGCUUCUGAAUCCCUAUCAAGUUUUCGACCUGGAUAACGGUGGUCCUCUUCCCGGGCUUUAUGUAUUCCGGCAUAUAAGGAACUACAAGAUUCUGGUCUGCGGAGGUGAUGGAACGAUAGGCUGGGUAUUGCAAUGUCUGGAUAACGUUGGCCAAGAUAGCGAGUGUUCUUCACCUGCUUGUGCCAUCGUUCCUCUUGGAACUGGCAAUGAUCUGGCGAGGGUCUUAAGAUGGGGUUCAGGAUACACGGGUGGCGAAGAUCCGUUAAGUUUGUUGCGUGAUAUUAUUGACGCCGAAGAGAUUAAGCUGGAUCGAUGGACCGUUGUAUUUCACCCGGAAGAAAAGGAAGACAAAUCUCAGCUAGUUCCUAACGCUGCAGUUGCUGGUUCAACGAGCGAGGAUAAUACACAAAUAUUCGUGAUGAAUAAUUACUUUGGCAUUGGAAUUGACGCUGAUCUGUGUUUGUCAUUCCACAAUGCGAGGGAGGAAAAUCCACACAAGUUCAACAGUCGAUUCCACAAUAAGGGAGUGUAUGUGUCGAUGGGUCUGCGUAAAAUGGUUAGCCAGAAACGUUGCAAAGAUCUGCAUAAACAGAUUCGAUUAGAAGUCGAUGGGAAACUGGUAGAACUACCGCAGGUCGAAGGCAUCAUUAUAUUGAAUAUUUUAAGUUGGGGUUCUGGAGCAAACCCAUGGGGCCCGGAGAAAGAGGAUCAAUUCAACAAGCCAAAUCAUUGGGAUGGAAUGUUGGAAGUUGUCGGAGUUACAGGUGUAGUGCACCUCGCACAAAUACAGUCUGGCCUACGCUCUGCUACAAGGAUAGCGCAAGGUGGACACAUAAAAAUUCAUCUCCAUUCAGAAUUACCAGUUCAGGUAGAUGGAGAACCCUGGGUACAAAGUCCAGGUGAUGUCGUAGUCCUGAAAUCGGCGUUAAAGGCAACCAUGUUGAAGAAAAAUAAGAUCAAGCGUCGGAAUACCGAACCGUCGAUUCUACCUGCUAAUGGGGAGGGGGGCAAGAGCACGGACGAGUAAAUCAACCAUUCUGCAGCUUGCAACUAGUCAGUUGUUUGAUCAUUCGUUGUAAAGUGUGCGAUCUCUGCCUAGACUCCUCCGUGCGUAUAUAUUAUUAACGCGCAAUGCACGAGAGGGGAGUUUCGGAGUGAUCCCACAGAUAAAAGGCAGACCUCUCUUACGAAGAUUGUUCCUCGGCGCAUGCAAACCUUUCAGUCCAGAUCCUAUCUGACCCCUUUCCAAACGCAGUUUAUGCUUUUCGUAUUUUACCGAUUAGCCUUGCAUUUUUCCAGUUAGUAUUUUAUAGCUUUACCAUGUAAAUUUUGAUUUACAAUUUUUUUCUAAUAAUUCGCUUAUUUAUUUAUUUAUUUAUUUAUUUAUUUACUAUUAUUAUUUAUAUACAUAUAUAUAUAUACAUAUACAUAUAUUGUAUCUAUAAGUUUUCUGGUGUUGUGAACGAAACCGCUAUUUUCUUCGUCAUUGGCUUGUUAUACUUGUUAUCAAUCGUUCCUUUGUGCAUCCUCCUGAUCCUCACCCUUCCUAGGCCACGAUGCUGAAGAAGGUGAAGGGUAAAAUGAAGCGGCGAAAUACAGAGCCCAGCAUGCAGUUAGCACUCCAAGCUGGACCCUCAAACGAUCCGGAUUCCGAGGUCUUCUGAAUCAUCAUCUAAAUCACGCGGAUGUGGAUCGCCAAAGAGUAUUAUUUCAUUAUACAUAGAAUCACUGCAGAUUCACUAAUAAUCCGUACGGCCUCGUUGCGUGCUGUAUUCAAAGCGGUUACGCUACAUUUGAAAAAAGAAAUAAACAUUAUAAGUAAUUAUAUAUUUACAUCGCAGUUAGUCAUUAUUCCGAAUAAUCAGACACGAGAGAAAAAAAAAUAGAUAAAAAUUGUCAAGUGGACAUACGUAACAAAAAUGAAAACACUUUUCAUUGUAAAUUCAGUGCUCGUUAUUUUCUGUUCAUGCGUUAUUGAAAGUGGAAUAGAUCUCAUUUUUGAAUGUUAACCAUAGCGCUGUAUGUAGUUUAUCGAUAAAUAUUUUUUUAGUAAGAUUAUACGAUAGAUCGUACCAAAUAAUGUUACUCCAAAAUCUUAACCAGUAUUCAAAUUGAAAAGCGUCACAAGCUUAUAUCGCUUACAAUAUUAAUUUGCAUUUAUGUUACGAAUAGUUUCUUAGUUACAAAAGAAAGAAAAAAAAAAAAAACUAAACUGUAAUGUAUAUUACGUUUCGUAUGGUAUUUUACCAAUCUAUGGCAGUGUCAAGGCACAAAUUGUGUGUCGUGAUGCACAAAGUAUAAGUGCAGUGAAAAAGUAAAACCAAAAAGAGUCAGUUGUUAUUAAUAUAUUAUUAUAUGAAAUAUUUACAAACUAAAUAUUAAUAUAUUUACAUAAUAUUGUAUUAGUAUUACGAUUCUAAUUUGUGAUUGUUGUCAAUCUGACUGCCGGGCAGUCUGGAAUUUAUAUAUACCAGUUGCAGUCAGAAUUUUCUAGAACAUGUGAAUGAUAAAUUAAAGAUGAAAAAAACCACACACAUUAUGUAAUUUCAGUAGGGCUGACACGGGCACAGUGUUUUUGCCAAUUCGUCUCCUUAAGUUCGGUACCUCCGAGUACGAAAUUACACUAUCUUUCGGGAUGGUGCCGAGGCGUUUUGGCAAGGUCUAAACAUCCGACUCCUGCAAAUUACUAUUAUAAUUAAUAAUACAGAAGUUUGCUCGAGUCUUAAGUAGAUAACACAUUCCACUAUAAUGUGGCGAAAACCAUGUACAUUUAUAAACUAUGCCAAAGAAAAUUCAAAAACUAAUAAUCUACUUUUACCGUCACAAAAUUGUUACGGUAUUAUAAUUCAAUUACUAUACUACAGUCUCGACUACAGUAAAAUGAAUGUGACGUUCUAACUCUGAGCAAGUUCUGCAGCACAGGUAUAGUGGAUCAAUUUAAGAAAUGAGUACCAAUGUAACUAGAUAGAGUGACAAAGAUAAGAUGGCCAGACAAAAAAAAGGUCAAAACGUUAAGUGAGCUGGUUUUCUGAUUGAAGUGGAUGCGUGUUGGCAUCAUGAAAAUCGGUGGGACAAUUUCGGUGCCAAACAGAUGUAUAUAAUAUAUAAAGGUAUAGGAUAAGAAGGAUUGAGUUAUAUAUAUUAGCAGCAGCAAUUGAUUUCGGAAGGAAACCGCAAAAUUACGAAAUGUUGGUGAAUGAUGGACGGAUGUAGGCAACAGUAUAAUUCUGUUACAGUAAAAUGGCGACUCACUUUAACUGUGCUGCGACGUUUAGGGUAAUAAAAAAAUGCUUUCGAUGGAUAGAAUACAUCAAAGCUGAAAAAAAAAAACAAAAUAAUGACAUCCAGAAACCUAGUCCGUGUUAUUAAAGCGCUUGUAGAACGCGCUCUUGCAUCUAGUCAACUUAUCCCGUAGACAAAUCCCCGCUGGAUGUCUUGAAAUAUUGAAAAACGAAAAAGCGAACAAAAAAAAACACAAAAAACAAAGAAAAAAUAUUUAAAAAAAAAAAAAAUCCAGAAAAACUUACUAUCAAAAAUCUGAUCACAAAAUGAAAGAACAAAAAAAUUUAAAGGGAGACCAUCAUAUCCGGAUGUUGAACGGCCUCCCCUUCCUAAUCUGCCGUUGGUGUACGGGGCUCAGUUGUUCAUGUAUUGUGUCCGGGCUCGAGCAUGAAUGACACACUUACGGCAGAUUGGUGAAUACAUUUGUUAAUCGGAACAGAGAGAAAAAAAUAAAUAAAUAAUAAAAUAAAAAUGUAAUAAUUUUUUUGUUGCGAACAGAAUAAAAUAAAUUUAAAAGAAAAUAGAAGAAUAUUAAUAAGCUAUGAACAAUCUAAUUAUAAUAAAUGAAUGUAUGUGCUACACAAAGUAAGCAAAAUGGUACUCUAAUGAAUGAAUACCUCUCCCCUAUUUAUUUGCACACCUUUUCUUUAAUGCGUGGGUAUAUUACAAGCAGAUAUCGUAGUACAGCAUUUUUUGUUCGGUCAAUAUUAUAUUUAUUUAACACAAUCUUUUUGUACAGUUACAUAAUGUUAUCACCUUAUUGUUGGUAUUAUAAUUACUAUUAUUAUUAUUAUCAUCAUCAUCAUUAUUGUUAUGAUGUAUAUCAAUAACAUUAAUAUUAUUUAAUGCACAGGCACUCGCGCACACACAUACAUUUCUUCUAUAUGGAUGCAUAAAUUACACGUUGCUUUCAUAUUGUGUACAUACAUAUUUGAAAGCUCACUUCAUUCAUCGGUAAAGUACGAAAAUAAAUAUUUCUUGCAACUU